GGGGUCAUAAUAGUACAUGACCACAAAUACGAAGGACUCAACUCUCUCUCUCUCUCCCUCUAUCUCUCUCUCUCAUCUUUACGCGUUUUUGCCGUCACCAACUCACCAUGUCAUGCUUUAGCUCAACAACCAACGCCUAUCAUCCCAAUUCAACAUAUCUCUAAUUUUCGAAUAAAAAUUCAACAUUAUUUAAUUUUCAAAACACACCCCCUUUGACAACUUAACACGCAAUCUCUUCUCUUAAAUCUUAAUCACCUUAAUUUCCUGGAACCUUCCUUCCCAUCCCCCACCUCAAUCCCCUUUUCUUCUUCAUAUAAACAACCCAAAACACCCACUUCACCAUUCACUUCACAUCUCUUCUGUUUUUCCAUCUGGCUAUUAAGAAAGUUUCAAUUUUUCCAUUUGGGUAUCAAGAAAUCUUCAAUCUUUUCAUCUGGGUAUCAAUAAUUUUCAGUUUUACCAUCCGGGUAUCAAGAAAGUUUCAAUUUUUUCAUCUGGGUAUCAAGAAAUUCACAAUCCUGAAUCAUGGAGAACAACAAUCAAUCAUCUUUUUGGCAGUUUAGUGACCAGCUUCGUGUGCAAAGCAACAAUCUUGCAAAUCUUUCUUUAAACGACUCAAUCUGGAGCACCUCAUACGGAUCCAAACGGCCGGAAAAAGAUCGCCGGAACUUUGACAUCCGGGUCGGCGGCGACUUCAUCAACUCCGGCGCCGGUAACGCCAACAGUUCCGGUUCAUCAAACUCUGACUUUAAUGGGUUCAACUUUGACUGGAAAAUGGGGCCCACAAGUCAAAAUCAUCAUGUUGGUGAUUUUGGGAUUAAUGGUGGGUUUAAUAAGGGGAUUUAUUCAAAACCAAGUUUGAAUUUUGGUGUAAAUAAUUUUAAUAAUCAUAAUAAUGUUGGUUUUGAGAAAAAUGGGUUCAAGAAAGAUGGGAAAUUUGGGAAAAAUGGUGAGGAUGAUCAUCAUGGCUUUGGUGGUAAACAUGGGAAGAACAAGAAGAACAAUAAUAAUAGUAAUGUGAAUAAUAAUACUAAUGAGAAGGAUAAGAAUAGUGUUGAUAAGAGGUUCAAGACUCUGCCACCUUCAGAAUCUUUGCCCAGAAAUGAGACUGUUGGUGGGUAUAUUUUUGUCUGCAACAAUGAUACUAUGCAAGAGAAUCUCAAAAGACAGCUCUUUGGUUUACCCCCUCGCUACCGCGACUCGGUUAGACAAAUCACACCUGGUCUGCCUCUGUUCCUCUACAACUACUCCACUCACCAACUUCAUGGUGUUUUCGAGGCUACAAGUUUUGGUGGAACAAAUAUCGACCCGUCUGCUUGGGAAGACAAGAAGAACCCUGGUGAAUCGCGUUUCCCUGCUCAGGUGCGAGUUAUGACCAGGAAACUGGCCGAGCCGUUAGAAGAGGACUCCUUUAGGCCAAUUCUUCACCACUAUGAUGGCCCCAAGUUUCGCCUUGAACUCAACAUCCCCGAGGCGCUCUCACUCUUGGACAUAUUUGAAGAUAACAAGAACUGAAAGCGGAUGAAAGCAUGAUGCUUGUGAGGAAUAAGGUUUAAAGAGCGGUUUAUAUUUGGAUAAUUGUUAUGUAUAAUGAAGUUGAAGGCGUUUUGGCAAAUGCGAGAUGUGUUUAAUCAUAUAUACGUACUUAAUAUAUGUUUAUAUCGAGCCGAAGAGAUACGUAACAUAGAAACUUUAGUAAACGUUUACAGGAUGUGUAGCCUUGAAUUGAUGGUCCCCUUCGGUUCUUUGGCUCCGUCGUAUAUAUUCAAAAAUACAAACUCAGUAUGAAUGAAUAGACUAUAAUACAGACUUUUAUUUUAUCUU